GGUCGGGUGCUGCUGGACACGUGGUAUGUCAUCAAACCGGGCAACACCAAGGAAAAGGUAGCUUUCUUUGUGGCACACCAGUGUGGUGGUGGCAUUGGUGGCAGCGGCAGUGGAGGCCGUGCCAGCACCAUGAAGGUAAAAGGCAACUGGGGUAGUGAUAGCUCUAAAGCCAAGCGGCGCCGGCGCUGCCACGACCCCACUAAGACAGCAUCAUCGGCACCUGGUCCCGGCGAGGUACGCAUCGCCUUCCGCAUCUCCAGCGGCCGUGAGCCCCGUGCUGGAGCCCCUGCAGCUGAGCCAGGUGCUGCUGGGCGUCCCAACUGCGUCUUUAUGAGCUGUGGGACGGCAAGCGGCAGUAGUAAUGCCGGCGGUCGUGCCAAGGACAAGAUCACCUGUGACCUCUACCAGUUGAUCAGCCCAUCCCGCGAUGCGCUGCCCAACAAUGUGGAGUUCCUCCUGGCCACUGCCAGUCCCAAGGGGGACGGGGAUGGCCCCGACCCAGAGAUGGGUGAAGGAACCAGCGAGGGGGUGUCAGCAUCGGCACGGGAUUGCGCCUCCGGCUUCCACGUGGAUGUGGUGGUGACGGGGGUGGUGGACCAAUGCGUCUUCUUUGGCAAGGACAGCGCCAAGAAGAUGAAGGAGGAGACAGUGCGGCUGGCGGGGGGGCCACAGAGGGGCCCACCACUUUUCCUUCUGCCCAUCCCUGAGGAGACACCGGCAGUGGAGGACACAGAGGCUGGCGAGGAGCCGUCAGCUGUCCCCGACCCCUCGCUUUGCCGGUUAUACCGUCACGUCUCCCACGACUUUUUGGAGAUACGCUUCAAGAUCCAGCGGCUGCUGGAGCCCCGUCAGUACAUGCUCCUGCUGCCAGAGCAUGUCAUGGUCAAGAUCUUCAGCUACCUGCCCACCCAAGCGCUGGCUGCCCUCAAAUGUUCCUGUCACUACUUCAAGUCCAUCAUCGAGACCUUCGGGGUGCAGGCCACCGAUUCCCGCUGGAACUGUGACCCCCUCUACCGUGACGAUCCCUGCAAGCAGUGCAAGAAGCAUUACGAGAAGGGGGACGUGUCUCUGUGUCGCUGGCAUCCCAAGCCCUACCACCAUGACCUGCCUUAUGGCCGAUCCUACUGGAUGUGCUGCCGGAGACCUGAUAAGGAGGCGCCUGGUUGCAGGGUGGGCUUGCACGAUAACAACUGGGUACCCCCGGCCACCCGGCGCGAUGACGGCAGGUGA